AGGGCGGCACGUUGCCUUGGCAACUAGAAAACGACCCCGGGGAGGCAGGGAGCAAAGAUGGAGGACCUGGCUCAGGCCUUAUUAAGGAGUCAAUGAGGGGAGGUGAAUCGUGUGCCCAAAGGCCUGAAAAGGACAACAAAGGUCGGGGGAAGAGAGAGGCCCUGUGAGAAGUAGCUGCGGGGUAUAUUGGCUGUGUACAGGUGUGUGUAAGCUGAGGAAGCCUGCCACAACUCCCCUUGCCACAUUACCCAAACCUUUCCUGAGAGCCGAAAUCAGACGUCAUGACUCAAAUCAAGUAUUUGAAUAACAACGAAAAGAAACUUCUGUGAUUCCAUCCCACCCCAAGUUUUAUCUUCCCUACUUUUUAAAGAAAGAAAAGCCUGGAGUAUAAAACUCUUGCCAGUGAAUAUGACCCUUUGAAUAACCCAGCUUGAUAUGUCAAAUUUACAGCAGUAGUUCCACGGCUCUCUCUCUUUUUUUUUUUAAGGAAAGAAAAGAAACCUUUUUCUUUUAGAAUAGAAUAGAAUAGAAUUUUUAUUGGCCAAGUGUGAUUGGACACACAAGGAAUUUGUCUUGGUGCAUAUGCUCUCAGUGUAAUCUCAGUGUAAUUUUAAGAUUACACUCAGUGUAAUCUCAGUGUAAUCUUAAAAAGAGAUUAGACAACCAUUUGUCUGAAGUGGUACAGGGUUUCCUGCCUAAGCAGGGAGUUGGACUAGAUGACUUCCAAGGUCCCUUCCAACUCUUAUUCUGUUCUUACUCUGUUCUUAUAGUCUCUUUAUAGAUGAGCAGAUUGAAGAAUAACAGAAUUUUCACAUGCACACACCCUUUGGGAAGGGUGGGUUAAAAUAAAAAAACAAAAAGACUAAUACAAGACUCCUCCUUCUGGACUCAGCUAGCAAAACACACUUAAUGCGUUCACACUGCAACCCAUACCAAGGAAAUAUAAGGACUAUAAGGGGCGUGCAUAAGAGCACAAAAGUACCUACCGUUCCUGUCCUAUUGUUUCCUUUCAUUAUAUCAAAUUAAUAUACUUUUUGCAUACUUUUGCUCAUAUAUAUGCUUAUGUGAUAUGUAGUUAUUUUAUAUUGAUGCUUGUGUAUAUUGUUGUGACAAAAAAAAGAAAAGAAAGUAAGCCAUUACUGGCUUGUCUAGCCUUGGUUUUACUAAAAAACACACAGUCCCGUUUCAAUUUAUUCUAGCAUAGCCAUAUGCAAUUGUUGGAAGAAAUAUCCAUCUGGGUUCAGUUCCAAGUGGGGACAAAGACACUGGAAACAUGGAGGCUGCUUGGAAAGAUGGUUUAAUGGUGGUCAGGAUCACAUGGCUUGAGUUCCUGAACAGAAAAAGGAGAGAUCCUGUGUGCUCCCUGGUUUUAUGCUUUUUCUGAGCUUUGAAUUUCCUGGGGCACAGGAAGAGUAUCCUGAUUGGCUGUCAUACUCCCAGGGGGUGGGGGUCUUAGCUAGCCUUGCUGGCUGAUGUAAUCUUCCCAGGUGCCAUGUGGUGAGUUUCAGUUGCUAAAUGGGUUCUAUUAUGAUGCAGAUGAUGGCCCAUUAACAAAGGUGGGGGGUGGCAGGAAGUUGCAGGGAGCUGCUUUGUCUUUAAAACAUGUUUCUCCAUUUCUCAUCCAGGGAAAUAUAUUCUGCCUUUUAAAUAUUUUCUAAAAUAUUUCAUUCUUCUAGGAAGGGGGUGGGUGCUAAAUUCCUACAAUCCCUACUUUUUUUUUUUUUUCCAAAACAUGCUCUUGGCAAAAAUUAAAAUUGAUCAAAUCAGUGGGUGCUUUUAAUUUUCCUGAUGCAAAGGAAGCCAUUGAUAGAGACAACAGAAAAAAGAUUCCUUCAGUGGCUCCCAAAAGCUUUCAACCAUGAAGGUCUAGCAGCCAGGGGAAAAGUUCUGUUACUAAAAGAUAAUGCAGUUUCAACAAAAUGCAGUUUCAACAAAAUGCAGUUUCAACAACUGAUGAGAAAGAAAAAACUGGAUUUGCAUGCUUCAGGAAUGAACAGGUAGAGAGCCUAGAAGACAAGUUGACGCUUUGCAGGCAAGCUUUGGAAGAGGUGGAUUUUAAGCUACGCAGAGAAGAACUAACAUCUGCACGAAGAGAAUCACUGGAAAAAGAGAAAAAUAUGCUAGAAACCAAGGCCGAAAUUUAUGAUCCACCCUAUGAAGCAGGUUGUGCUGAAACAGUGACAGACCUAAAAUCACUCAGUGAGCUCCAGUCAAGUGGUGCCAGAACCUUCCUCAGCCUGGGAUGUAUCACAAAGAGCUGGAAUGUUUACGCCAAAAAUAAAACACAUUUUUAA